AAAAAAAAAAAACAGGUCCCAAUCCCCUCUUCCAACAAUCCACUCCUCCCCUCUUCAUCCAACAUGAAAAACCGGAGUUGCUGUCCAAGAGUGCCUCAGUCUCCAGGAAGCAGCUGGGAGUUCAAGAGCCAUGACAAUGGCCCAGAGCCUGUAAACCCUCGAACGGGAUCUCGCUACUGGGCUGCGCAAGCCCCUGGACACUGAGAGGUGGGGAUCUGGACUCAAGGAGCGAGGGGGAAAAGGCCUUAAUAUCCUGGGACAUGAGAUGAAUGCAACUUAAAUGGACUUUUAGAGAGCUGUAGGGAGAGUAAGGAAUCACAAAAGGACUAGACGGAUCUUAACGGAAAACAGACACAAAGAAAUAGUGUCCACAAACGUAAAAGUCAAAAGGUAAAGCAUUGGAGGGAUAGAGAGAUAGAGGAGGAAGAGAAGGGCAAACAGUAGAGGAACAAAUCCAAAAGUAGGGGAGGUGUUUACAGAGGCAACCAUGAGAAACAUUACAUGGAGCAUCAUGCUUUGCCUCUCCAUCUGCAUGUUCUGUAAGAGUUACUCAGGAAAUGAACUUCUGCAAUCACGGAGGCGGCGGGCACCUGCUGAUGACCCCAAAAAGUGUGCUUACACUUUCUUGAUUCCUCAGCAAAAAAUCACUGGUCCGAUCUGUGCUUCUGCCACUGGGCCCGAGCCAGACAAGGACCGUGUGACCCGUAUGGACAUUGCUGAUGUGAGGGAGAUCCUAUCCAAGCAGCGGAGGGAGAUUGAGAUGCUUCAACUAGUGGCGGAUGUGGAUGGGAACUUGGUAAAUGAAAUGAAGCUUUUGCGCAAAGAGUCCCGUAAUAUGAAUUCCCGGGUGACACAGCUUUACAUGCAGCUGCUUCAUGAGAUCAUCCGCAAGAGGGACAACUCCCUGGAACUGGCACAGUUGGAGAACCGUGUGCUGAACGUCACCACCGAAAUGCUCCGCCUAGCCUCCCGCUACAAAGAGCUGGAGUUGCGUUUCGCAGGCCUUGCAGCCACUGUCAAUAACCAAUCGGUGCUUAUUGCCGCAAUGGAAGAGCGCUGUCUCCGUGGAUAUGGGCGUCAAGAUCUGCCAGCAGCGCCGCCAUUGGUGCAGGUGGUGCCAGAGAGCAUUCCAACCAACAACAACCGCUUCACCAAUGAGAUUCAGAGAGACAACAACAACCAAGCUUUUCCAAGGGGAUCACUGAUGGAUACCCCAACGCCCGACCCCCUGGGGAUCCCACCACCUCCCCAGGGCACCCUCACCUCAGAUGGGCCAUUCAGAGACUGUUUCCAGGUGCGGCAGGCAGGGCAUACUACCAGUGGGAUGUAUCUGUUGAAGGCAGAAGGCAGUGAUAAACUUAUUCAGGCCUGGUGUGAGCAUAAAUUAGACAAUGGAGGCUGGACUGUUUUUCAGCGAAGGAAAGAUGGUUCAGUCAACUUCUUCAGGAACUGGGAAAACUACAAGAAAGGCUUUGGAAACAUAGAUGGAGAGCACUGGCUGGGAUUGGAGAACAUCUAUAACUUGGCUAAGCAGGAAGAUUACAAAUUGCUGGUGGAGUUGGAGGACUGGGUGGGGAAGAAAGUGUACGCCGAGUACAGCAGUUUUCACCUGGAACCCGAGAGCGAGACCUUCAGGCUAAGACUGGGCACCUACCAGGGCAAUGCUGGAGACUCACUCACCAGCCACAACGGAAAACCCUUCACGACACUAGACCGUGAUAAAGACGCCUUUACAGGCAACUGUGCUCAUUUCCACAAAGGCGGUUGGUGGUACAACGCAUGUGGUCAAACAAAUCUGAAUGGGGUGUGGUACUCUGGUGGUGUGUAUCGCAGCAAGUUCCAGGAUGGAAUCUUCUGGGCUGAGUAUGGAGGCGGGUUCUACUCACUCAAAUCGGUCCGUAUGAUGAUCCGGCCAAUAGACUGAGGUCAUGAUGCCACAACCCUCAAUGAGUCUAAAUUCCAACCAAAUGAGUCUAAAUUCCUUGAAUGUACUCAUAAUUCACUUCAGCACUUAUUUAUAAUCACAAGUUCACGUUUAUGAGGACUGAUAUGUAAAACACAGUAUAGUCAUCAUUGGUACAGCACUGAGUACCAAUAAAAAAAUCACGAAAGUCUACUUACGGUGGAGUGGAAGGACCUGCGACUCUCACAUCGAUGUCAUUUUGUCCCUUGAACUGUCCAUCCCCACACAGAGAAGACAAACUCAGAAAUUCUUGGUCAAAGUCAGACUAGGAGAUGGUCAACAUCAGCAUCCUCUGCUCUUCUUCAUCUCUUCCAUAUUCUUUUAUGGACCUUCAUCAACAUUCUCUUUUUCAUAUUCUUUUCCAUUGCAAACCCUUCAUCCUCACUGCUGUCCCAUUUCUUCUGACUCUUCCUCAUCCUCAUAGCUUGGACAGAGGACAUCAAAGCCUCAAAUAAAGGCUUUUAAUCAAAGAUCUUAACAAACCAGAUAUCCACCACUGACAACACCUUUGCCGUACACCCUUUACUGACGUGUAUCUGUAACAAUAAGGACUGGCACUGGGCCGUACUGUUUGCCAGGCACCAACAGCUUUCAGGUGUGAUGCUGGUCUGUAAAUAUUCUUCACGUUUGUAUUUGUUUGUUUAUAAUUUAAGGACUCACCUCCAAUCCACUCUUUUUUAUUUGUUAUUUAUAGUGAUUUGUAUUUAUGACAGCUAUAACCCUCCAAUCAUCUAUUUAUCCUUGAUUAUGAUGUGAUAUGCUUUCGUGAUGUAUACAUUUACCCACAGGAAGAAUAUUUCAACAUUUUUGACAACUUGAGUACUUGAUGGAAAAAUCAGCCAAGUACUUGAGAAGUGGGGGGAUGGAGUGAGUUCUGUUUGUGUUAUUUUUUUAUUGUUGGUAUAUCUGCACUACUAGUCAAAAAGUCUGGACACACAUGAUUGAAUUUAUAUUUCAUCAUUUUAAAAACCAUUUGAUCCAAGCGCUUAUGCAUAAAUGCUUGAGUUGUGCAGAAAAAUAUAAAAUCUCACUAUGUAUAUCUUUCUUUACAAAACUAAAAUGUUACGGAAACACAAGAUUGUAUUUGGUAACAUUAGUAAACUACAUCAGUUAACAUGAAUUAACUAUUAACUAAACUUUUACAGCACUUACAAUUCUUGGUUAAAUAUUAAAAUUCCCAUACUAGUCAAAGUCAGUCCACUGUCGGUCAACUUUGGAACGCACUCGGGAGGCUAUUUCCAGUCAUGACAGUGCAGCUCCAAUCUACUUGAAUGGGGAAAUGCCGAAAUCUCAAAAACGGUUGGUCAAGAUUACGAUCAAAGAAUAUAUUUUGAAUUAGCAAUAAAAUCUGACAACAUUGGAAUAAUAAAUUGUGCUGCUUCACCUCAUAUUACGCUAAAAAAUUCUAGGCUUGUUUAGCUAAUGCGCAUACAUGUUUGAGUUGACUGACAGGCUAUGUCUGUAUCUAAAAGAUGAUUGGCUCUUCAAACUGUAAGGCGGGACUUCCUUUCUACAUCCAUUGACCAUUGGGCACUUGGAGCUCCUUGGCUGGGUGUUCCAUUUUCUACCAUUAAUUUUAACAGAAGUGGACCGUCUCUACUAAAUUUACAUUACAUUUACAUUUAUGCAUUUGGCAGAUGCUUUUAUCCAAAGCGACUUACAGUGCCCUUAUUACAGGGACAAUCCCCCUGGAGCAACCUGGAGUUAAGUGCCUUGCUCAAGGACACAAUGGUGGUGGCUGUGGGGAUUGAACCAACAACCUUUUGCUUACCAGUUCAGUGCUUUAGUCCACUACCACCACCACCACCACUCUAAAUAGCCUCUGAUACUAGCACGUUUUUAACAUUAAAAGUUGCAUAUGUUAACGUGACACAUAAUGCAUUUGCUAAUGUAAUGUUAACUAAUAGAACUUUAUUGUAAAGUGUUAUCAAUGUUCUUUUUUUAUUAUUAUGAUAAUAGUUUUUUUUUUUUUUUUUUGGGACUUGACAGUGAAGGAGAGGCAGGAAGCAUAUGUCCAGCAUACAUGGGAACUUCUUCAAUACUGUUUAAAAGCAUCUCAGGUGGAUACCUCCAAUUGGAUGAAAGACUUGAGUGUGCAGAGCUGUAAAAUAUAGUGGUGACUUUGAAGAUAAAAAUAAGAUAUUUUGAUUUGUUAAACAUUUUUGUUCAUUGCAUAACUUCCAUUUGUGUUAAUUGAUGACUUCACUAUUAUUCCCAAAGAAUGAGUAGGUGUGGGGGGCCUGGGUAGCUCAGUGAGUAUUGACGCUGACUACCAGCCCUGGAGUCGCAAGUUCGAAUCCAGGGCAUGCUGAGUGUCUCCAGCCAGGUCUCCUAAGCAACCAAAUUGGCCCGGUUGCUAGAGAGGGUAGAGUCAAAUGGGGUAACCUCCUGGUGGUCUCUAUAAUGUGUGGUUCUCAUUCUCGGUGGGGCACGUGGUGAGUUGUGCGUGGAUGCCGCGGAGGGUAGCGUGGGCCUCCACAUACGCUACAUCUCCGCGGUAACACACUCAACAAGCCACGUGAUAAGACGCACAGAUUGACGGUCUCAGAUGCGGAGGCAACUGAGAUUCGUCCUCCACCACCCGGAUUGAGGCGAGUCACUACGCCACCACGAGGACCUAGAGCGCAUUGGGAAUUGGGCAUUCCAAAUUGGGGAGGAAAGAAUGAGUAGGUGUAUCUAAACUUUUGACUGGUAGUGUACAUAUGCAUCAGACAGAUGUGUUUUGCAUUAUGUCUUGCUGUUUUUUUCAGCGUCUCAUGGUAUGAGCGUAACGUUUCAAGACGGCAAGAUAAAAAUAGUUAAAAUUUUAAAAAUGUGUCUUUAGACCUCACAUUCUAUUCUGUUCAGUUCUGCUGUCUAACCAUUUUUUUAACACAAAAACAUGUCCUGUGUGUACACUUUCUAAUCUGCUCCAUACAGUGUUGAGCUCUGUGACUGACUGAAUAUCACCCUGUAAUGGCGUUGACACAAGUUGCCGGCCCCCUCUAACAAAGUUACCACCAAUAAUGACACUGUAAAACAUUACAAAUAAAAUUUGCUAUUUUAAAUUUGCAAUAAGGUGCCAUCUUGGCACAUUUAACUAUAGUUGUUACUGGACAAGCAAUGUGUUUUAAUGAACAAUCAUUGCUGUCACAUUUAAAUACUUUGGUGCUUGCAUUAUAGACAAUAACUAAACAGAAAACAAUCAGUUCCUAAGAACAAUGCAGAAUUUAAGCUCAGGCUUGUCCUCUCUUACAGACAAGGACAAAUACACACACCAUAAACACUUUCCCCUCUGUAAAUGCUGAUGUACUCCAUUGACAUGGGAGUUAACAGACUUACCCACUCAUGGCAAAAGUAAUUUUGGUAAAAACAAAAUGAAAUUUUGUUUAAAAUGCUCUCUGAAUCCACUCAUAGCAAUGCUCAGAUAGCAUCUUAAAGUCUGACUGAACAUCAGGUCCAGCUUUUCACACAUCAUA